UUCUGCGAAUAUGCAGGCUGAGGCUCUCCAGGCUCAACCCCCCAGGCCCCGAAGGCCCGCCUGGGCCGCCGGGCACUCGAGGUACCCCGGCCAGUCAUGCCACUCGAGGAACCAGCGGUACCUGAGGCCCCAGUGGUACCUGAGGCCCCAGCGGUACUCGAGGCCCACGCCGCGAAGGAAGGCCGCCGGGUCACUUUUGACCCGAAUCUUCCGAAUGAUGAUGAGGAGAGGGCCAACCGAGCGCGGUUGCACUCCCGGCGGACCAGGGCCGAACGCCAGGAAUACCACGACUUCAUGCGGUUUCGGGACCGGAUCCAGCUGUUCGUGAAAAACGUAGGGAACCGGUUCCGACAAAUCCUGGUGAUCAAGGCCCUAAUCUUCCUGUUCUCCUACGACCAGGAAGAGGUGUACUUCGUGGCCAGGCAGGGGCCAGCAAUGGAAGGGGGGAUGGAGGUUGGCAUGGAGCCGGUCAGGAAGAGGUGGGCCACGCGCGUCUUCAUCUUCGUGGCCAUCACAUACACCUUCCUGGCCGUCGUCACCAUCGGCCACUUCAAAGUUUGCCUCCCUCUCGUGGACAUGCGGUGCCUCUUGGUGUGGUUCGGUUUCACACCGCGAGACGGAUGGUUCCCGCAGUCAUCACCCGUACCAGCCUAUGCACAAUUUCCGGGAUUCAGUGAGCUGUUGUUCUACAGGCUCCUCCACCACCAGGGCCAGAACUUCUCCAAUGACGACCAGCACCACAAGAGGUUCAGCCUCCAAGACCACAACAGCUGUAACAACUUUGAGCACCACGAAAGCUUCAAAUGA